UGCCAGUACUCAAAACGAGCAAAAGAACUACUGAAUUCGAUCAAAGCGACAUUUAAAAUCGUGGAGGUGGAUACCCGAGACGACCAUGAUGAACUGCAAAAGGCACUGGCCGCCAUUUCAGGUCACAAUACCUUCCCGACCAUUUUCGUCCAAGACAAGUUGCUCGGCGGUUGGGACGAACUCGAAAAGAUGCACAAGACUGGGUUGCUUACUCAAAUUUUGAAAGAAGUUCAAGCAAUUUGA